UUUCUCGCCGUGAACAAAGAAAACAUUGUGAGCAAACAGUGUACACAUGUUUCUUUUUCAAAACUGAACACUAAGUCGAAUGAUAACCUUUUCCAUUCCACAUGUCCCUUCCAAUGAGGUACUGUGCCAUACUGCUGGUUCAGGAGUUUUCACAAAAAAGACAACUAAUUCUAUGGAGCAGUUCAGGUAUAAAAGUGAUAGUGUGGCAUGUGUAAAAGCAGGCAGUGUGAGCACGGACAACCACCAUCAUGACUAUGGGCAGGAUCACCUUCUACGAGGAGAGGAACUUUGGCGGUCGCUCCUAUGACUGCAGCAGCGACUGUUCUGACCUCACCUCCUACAUGAGCCGUUGUUACUCGUGCAGAGUGCACAGUGGCUGCUUCAUGGUCUACGAUCACGCCGGUUACAUGGGGAACCAGUAUUUUUUGAGACGGGGCGACUACCCUGACUGCAUGAGCGUGGGAAUGAGCGGCUACUUCAGAUCCUGCCGAAUGAUCCCCAUGUACAGCGGAUCCUACAGAAUGAGGAUCUACGAGAGGAACAACUUUGGAGGUCAAAUGUAUGAGAUGAUGGAUGACUGCGACAACAUCAUGGAUCGUUACCGCAUGUCCAACUGCAUGUCCUGCAACGUGAUGGAUGGCCACUGGCUCAUGUAUGAGCAGCCCCACUAUAGAGGAAGGAUGAUGUACUUCAGACCUGGGGAGUACAGGAGCUUCAGUAACAUGGGAUGGGGAAGUGGCAUGAGGUUCAUGUCCAUGAGACGUAUUAUGGAUUCUUGGUAUUAAAAUGAACAAA